AUGGCUUACAUUCCGCAAACAACCACUGUACUUGUUGUUGGCGGUGGACCGGCUGGUUCUUAUGCCGCCUCCGCCCUGGCACGAGAAGGGAUUGACGUGGUGGUUCUGGAGGCGGACAAGUUCCCUAGAUACCAUAUCGGAGAGAGCAUGCUUCCAUCCCUGCGCUAUUUUCUGAAGUACAUCGACGCCUACGAGAAAUGGGAAUCACACGGUUUUAGAAUCAAGAAUGGCGCGGCUUUCAAAUUGAACUGGAGCCGACCAGAAGCGUAUACCGACUUUAUUGCCGCCGGAGGGCCUCAAGGACAUUCCUGGAAUGUGGUCCGUUCGGAAGGAGAUGAGCUGCUUUUCAAACACGCUGGAGAAUCUGGCGCCAAAAUAUUUGAUGCCGUGAAAGUUAACUCCGUCGAAUUCGCACCAGGGAGUGCAGGCACCAUCGAUGGCCACGAGUACCCCGGCCGCCCGGUCUCCGCUGGCUGGAGCACCAAGGAUGGUCGCUCUGGAACCAUUUCCUUCACGUACCUCAUCGAUGCCAGUGGGCGACAGGGUUUGCUUAGCACUAAAUACUUGAAGAACCGUCACUACAACCAAGGGCUCAAGAACAUUGCGAAUUGGGCCUACUGGAGAGGCUGCGGUGCUUAUGGCGUCGGUACUCCUAGGCAAGGCUCGCCCUACUUCGAGGCGCUGAGAGAUGCCAGUGGUUGGGUUUGGUUCAUUCCGUUGCACGAUGGAACCCACUCGGUUGGUAUCGUCCAGAACCAGGAGAUGGCCACCAAGAAGAAGAGAGAGGCCGGCUCACCGUCUAGCAAGGACUUUUACCUUCAGUCAUUAGAGCUGGUACCCGGUAUCAAAGAGUUGAUUGGUAGUGCUGAGCUUAUCACGGAUAUUAAAUCUGCGUCCGACUGGUCAUACAGUGCAUCUCACUAUGCAUUCCCGUAUGCUCGGAUAAUUGGAGAUGCAGGCGCCUUUAUUGAUCCUUUCUUCUCAACUGGUGUGCAUUUGGCUGUCCAUGGUGGACUCUCUGCAGCAACGACUGUCGCGGCAUCUAUACGAGGUCACACCACCGAGGAUGCUGCUGCCGCUUGGCAUUCUAAGAAGACAUCAACGAGCUAUACCCGGUUUUUGGUCGUAGUCAGCAGUGCACUGAAGCAGAUCCGCCUGCAGGAUGAGCCUGUGAUUAGCGACUUUGAUGAGGAUAGUUUUGAUAGAGCAUUUGAUCUCUACAGACCUAUUAUCCAGGGCACGGUUGAUGCUGACACAAGGGGCAAACUUACUCAAGAUGAAAUCUCUAAGACAGUCGAGUUUGCAUUCCGUUCUUGGCUUCACAUUGAUCCAACACUGAAAGAAUCUCUUGUCGAGAAGCUGAAGAGUCUUGAUGUUCAUGAUGCCGAGGCCACAGAUGAAAAAACGGUAAAAGCCAUUGAUGAGAUUCAAAAAACCCUCACGCCAGAAGAAUCCCAAGCAUUGGACAUGCUGCGCGGACGAAAGAUGAUGCGUCACGAGGAUAUGGUCAAUAUCGACAAUUUCACCAAGGACACAAUUGACGGAUUGGUAGCUAUCGUCGAGCGAGGGAAACUUGGAUUGAAGCAGACCGAGACCCAAAAGCUUAGUAAAGCACAGCUAUUCUCCUUGGGAUUCUUGGAGGGGCACACUCCAGACGUUGACAAGAUGAUGAGCGACAAAAAAGACGAGGGAAAAACCACGAACGGUCAUGCAAACGGUCAGGUAAAUGGUCAUGUGAAUGGAUCAUCUUCUGCCAAUGGAUCCAGCAACAACAACAACAAGCAUGGCGGUUCCGGCUUCGAUAAGCUUCUUCACCCUGUUCUUGGUGAGGGACUGGUGCUAGAUGAGUCUAGUCGGCACUUCCUCAUAAACUCUCUUCAGGAAACCGCAGAAAAGCUAGAGACCCCUCAUGAUACCAUGAGGCGUCUUGCGGAUACUGGUCGUAUACUUGGUUUGAUCAAGAUCGGAAACCGCCUCGGUCUUUUCAAGUCUCUGGCGGAAACCGAGUCUUCUCUAACAGUUGAUGAGUUGACCAGACCCGGUGGCGCAGACCCUUCCCUAGUUGGACGUCUCUUGCGUUACUUCUCCGGUCAUCGUUUUGUCAAGGAGGUUGGAAAGGACCGCUUUACAGCCACUCAGCAUACGAAGACCCUUGCAGAUGACGGAAUUUCGAGCACUCUAGAGUUUUUCUAUACCAUCAGCAACCCCGCCUUUCACGCCCUUCCAGAUUUCCUCGAAGAAAAUGAAUACAAGAGCCCAACUAAUGGUAUCAGUUCCUUCCACAAGUCGCAAAAUACACACAUCAAUUUCUUUGCCUGGGCAAAGAAACGCCCAGACAUCUUGAAGUUGCUGCGUGGAGUAAUGUCCGUGCACAAGGAAGGUGACUGGCUCAGUGUCAUUCCUUUCAAUGAAAUUAUUGCCUCUGAACCAGCUGAUCGCACCAUUUUUGUUGAUAUAAAUGGAAAUAUAGGCAAACAGUCCAGAAGCUUGGUAGGAGCAUAUCCGCAGCUCGCCGGACGUGUUAUUCUUGAAGAUAGUCCGGAGACUGUUAAAUUCACUCCACCCAUUGAUGGAGUCGAAAAGGUAGCGCACGAUGUCUUCACGCCACAACCAAUCAAGGGAGCUAAGUACUAUUAUCUCAACGCGAUCCUUCAAACGCUGGACGAUGGCCCUGCUAUUGGCUUACUCAAGAAUCUUGUUCCUGCAUUGAGCCCAGGUUCUCAGAUCCUCCUUGAUGAAGUUGUUCUUCCCGAUACUGGGGCCAACCUGUACCCUACUGGUCUCGAUUUGCAGAUGCUGGCUAUGUUUGGGGCUAAGAUUCGUACUCUCGACCAGUGGAUUUCCCUGCUCGAUGGUGCCGGUCUAAAACUGGCUGAGGUCAAGGCAUACACUCCUGUCAUGCGGUUUUCUAUCCUCUAUGCAGAGCCCAAGUAG